CAAUAAAGCCUGAAAAAUACACAAUGGCAACAUUACAGAGAAGUUCAAUUUUCGGUCUGUGACAUCGUGCGCGAGUAUACGUGUUGUGAUUUUACACGCGAGUACAGGAAGCCUGUCAUUCCGAAAACGAAAAAAGAUUUCAUCCACGAAUACGACAUCUGCGACAGUCGCUUUCUAGCCGUCACAUCGCUGAAGUUGCACAAAACCGGCCACGUCUACGGUGGAGGAGAAAAAAGCCUUCUGCUGUCGGUUCUGUGGGCGCCAGUUUCCCCACAUGCAAAUGCUGGGUGACCACGAGAAGGUGCACAUCGAUGAUCGGUACAAUUAUGGCGCGUGCGGUACGAAGUGUAACUCGAAAAGUGGCCUUAGAAAUCAUCUGGCGAAAAACGGGGAAUGUGAUGUCCACUAUCAGCACAGCAAGCUACGGUGGAAGCGGCACGACGAGGAAUUCAAGGAACAUGAGUGCGAAGUUUGCGGAAAGAAGUAUCGGCACCGGAAGUCGAUGCUGGAGCAUCGCAAUUUGCAAUUUGGAGAAACAAAAGAUAAACAAACAGCAAUUUACCCGCUUGGUGGCAUUUUGGACGAAAUCCUGACGUAUCCAGAGGACGUAAAUUUGUUUAUUUGGACUCGGACGAUCAUUACAAAAUGAUCUAAGGUUCUUACAAAAUGAUUCUAACCUCGACCUAUUCUAAAUGCUUCUCACUAUUCAAACGAGUAAGACAGAUUUAAAAAAA